UAAACCAGUAACAAAACAACAACAUAAAAGUCCAUAGCCUCUCGUCACUUUUAAACCCAAUAACACCAAACCAAAAAUAAUGGCGGAGAUUGUAUUCUCUAAGCUCUCCGACGAUGUGAUUCUCACCAUAUUCUUCAAACUGGAGGAUGACCCAAGAAACUGGGCCCGCCUGGCCUGCGUCUGCACUAAAUUUGCUUCUCUGAUUCGUAAUAUUUGCUGGAAGGACAAGUGCUCCAGGAGCAUGCCCGGCCUACUCGCCGAUCUCCUUGCCUCUGAUUCAGCCACUCCACCCGACCUUUGGUCGUCCCUCAAUAAGCUUUCCGUUUGCUGCCCUGGCCUCCUUCACUCUGGCCUUUUGUUAGAGAACUCAGAUUUCGGCCUCGAGCGUGAACUGGGCCCAGAUGCAAAUUAUCAAAAUUCUACGACGAUCCAAUCAGCCACUCCAUCAACCGACACCGGCUCGAGCAAUCUAGAAUCUGGGACUUCUGCUGAUUGUUCGUGGUCGCUUUUUGACGAUCUUUAUUUUGACACUGUUUAUAAUAAUUCCGAGGCUCAAGAUGAUGCUGUGUUUGUUGUUGAUGACGUCGCAGAUUGUGUGGUAGAAGCGGGUCUCGACAUUUCUUCUGGUAAAAAGAGGAAAUUGGGUAGUAGAUCGUCUAGGUCGCAUUUGGCAUCCGGGGUUUGGAAUUUGAGUCGUGAACAAGGCAAUAAACUUCUUGCUAGUAGAUUUCGAGGGGAUUGUUUGUAUAUUUCUGAUUGGCCGGGUUGUGUUCACUUCGAAGAGAAGCGAAAUUACAUGCUUUUUAGAGGCAUUUUCAAGAACUUUAAGUUCUCCCGUGUUUGGAGAACCUUAAACGAUGGCAAUCGGAGCAAAAUUGAUAUUAGUUGCGCAUUUUGUUCGUGUAAAGAGACCUGGGACUUGCAUUCUGCUUUUUGUCUGAGAAGGUUUUUUGGGUACCAUGAUGAUGGCGAGCCUGUUGUUAGAGCUUAUGUUUGUGAAAAUGGCCAUGUUUCUGGGGCCUGGACAGAGUUGCCAUUGUACACUUGAUGCUUUUUUCACUUGCUUGGAUUGGCGAUCUUGUGAAUUAUCAUGCAGCUUAUUAAGAUAUCAAUUAUCUGUUACUGUGUUUUCUUGGAUUCAAUGAUAAAUUUCUAGUAAAAGAUGGAGUAAUGAAAAUAUGCAGGCUUGAAGGUUUUAGGAGCCAAACAGUUUAUUUAUACCUUUGAGGCAGUAUUGCUAGUGCAUUAUCCUUAAUAAAAAUGCUGAUGAGUGCAUCUUUGUCCUGUUUUUAUGUUUGUAAUUUGUGCAUUUCACUUGUAAGUUUAGCUUCAGAUAUUAAAAUUCAGUUUUCUGUCAA